AUGCGGAGGUCAUGAGUUCGAGUCUCAUCGGUGGCUGAUACUUUUUUGAAACAAUUGCUUGUGAAGAAAAAAAUAGGGAUGGCGGUUUUCAAAGUUUUGUGGUAUAGCAAAAGGCUAUGAGUUUGAGUUGGUUGCGCUCUAUUUUUGUUUCACCUUUACUUGAAAGUUUGAACUAUUUUGCUACUCAAGAGCAUUUUACUUUUGCUGGUGACACAUCCAUACUACUUCUGAAACAAACCCAGUCUCGCAAACAUGCGUUUGUAGUAGAAGUAGAUUUGAAAGCGCAUACACUAUGGAUAUCAGACGGGUCUUUUACUGUUAGCUCGGUCAUAACGGAGGAGGCUGCACGACACUUGGAACAGGAUUCGGAGUAUGUCAGUGUGGCACAACUUCGUUUGGGUGAGAUUAUUUUACGCAAGUUUGACUUGGUGCUUGAGCAUUUAAAGAACAACUGGAAACCUAAAAUAGUUAUUCAUCAGUUUUAUUACAAAGGGGAAAUAUUUGCUCCAUUGGAAAAUAGUUUGGACUUGGAACGCGAUCCUACAGUUGGUCAUCUGAUAGAAACGUUUUCCAAAGUCAUGUUAGAAGUGGGUAACUACAAAAGAGAAGCAGUGUUUCUUUUGUCUGGUUUAUGGAAACAGGCAUUCGAGUCGUCUAGAAGAUGGAGACGGUUUGCUACUUGCAAUGAUAUUUUAAAACUGGGCAAAUUCGUGGAGGAAACGGCCUUUCACCAAGUUGAAAACGGAGUGGAAAACAGUAUACCGUCAUUCUCACCAUGUUAUGAUGGAAAACCAGUUUCGUCCACAACGAUAAAACAAGAAUGCUAUGAACUGAACAAGGAUGAUGAUGAAUGGGUGACAAUGAUGGCAACAGCUCAACCCAAUUCUCAGUCAUUCUUUUCUCCAGAGUCUCCACCACCAUCAUCCUUUGAAAUUCAAGAAACCAAUGAAAAUGACGACACUCAAAGAGUUCAAUCUGCAAACGAAUCAUGGACCCACGAUGGUAUCGACCAAUUAGAGGAAUAUGAACAUCUCGCAAACAUUUCGACCAACUUGAGCCAUUUUCCCGAUGGUAAAGAAUAUCUUACACAACGUUUACAAGAACGUCAACUUUCACAACCAUUUUCUGCUUUUCGUUCAGAGGUAGAUAUCUCACCUGUGGACGAUAUCUUGUCGAAACAACAUCAUUCUCAAAACCUAGAGAUAGUAAAGAACAGAAAAAGAUUUCUUCGAUAGAAGAGUUGCUUGAAGAAAGGGAAAAGUGGCUUC